AGGGACGGCACGGUGCACGUCUUCUCCGUGGCGUCGGGCCAGACCUACGAGCGGCUCCUGCGGAUCAUGAUGGGGUCGGCCGCGCUGGCGACGUCGCGGCCGCUGAAGUUCUGGCUCCUCGCCGAGUUCCUGUCGCCGGCCUUCGACGCGCCGGCCCUGGCGGCGGCGCUGGGCGCGGACAUCGAGCUCCUGGACUCGCCGCCGUGGCCCGAGUUCUUGACCGACGACUUGGACCGGUCGAAGGUCGGCAUCCGCGGCGACAAGCAGCGGCUCAUCUGGGCCUACAAGCUCCUCUUUUUGGAUGCCCUCUUCCUCGGGCGCACGGACCGGGUGAUUUUCGUCGACGCGGACCAGGUCGUCCUGGGGGACCUCGCGGAGCUCUUCGACAUGGACCUGCGGGACGCGCCGUACGCGUUCGCGCCGUUCUGCAAGGGCGGCGACGCGAACCCGACGACGCGGGGCCACCGCUUCUGGGACGGCGGCUUCUGGAAGACGCACCUCGGCGAGUGGUACGACUACCACAUCUCCGCGCUCUUCGUGGUCGACGUGCCGGCGUUCGCGCGCUACGGCGACUCGAUCCGCGGCGCGUACAAGGGCAUGGCGCCGAACCCGGACUCGCUCGCGAACCUGGACCAGGACCUCCCCAACUACCUCCAGACCAACGGCGUGCCCAUCCUCGCCCUGCCCCAGGAGUGGCUCUACUGCGAGACGUGGUGCCACCCGCGCACGAAGCCCGCGGCCAAGUCCAUCGACAUGUGCCAGAACCCGCUGACGAAGGAGCACAAGCUCGACAUGGCGCGGCGCAUCGCCGACCCGCUCUGGAGCGCCCUCGACUCCUACUUCGCGCGCCUC